AUGGGCAAGCAAGAAGACUCCCCGCCCAUGCGGCCAGUGCUCGCUGAGCCCGGCCCGGUUAUCUCAGCCGACAAGGACCUCACAAUCGAGUCCCCAACCCGUCCGCCGCCCUCGGUCUCUCCACCCCGGCUUCUGGUCGUUGGCGGCGGGUCGCGCGGCUCGGUCUACGCCCACUUCACACAGCUCGCCACCAACGGCCUCGUCGCCGCCAUCGCCGAGCCGCACGCGUUCAAGCGCGCACAGUUCGGCCAGAAGUACAUCUGGGGCCGGCACCGCGCCCCGGCCGAGGGCGAGGAGUUCGAGUCAUGGACCGACUUCAUCGCCUACGAGAAGGAGAGGCGGCGCCGGGCGGCCGCGGUCGAGGCCGGCGUGCCCCCGGGCGUCGACGGCGUCUACGUGUGCGUCCUCGACGAGAUGCACAGGGAGGUGGUGAUCGCGCUGGCCGAGCUGCGCGGGCUGCACAUCAUGUGCGAGAAGCCCCUGGCAACGAGGCUGGACGACUGCGUCGAGAUGUACCGGGCCCUAAGGGCCAACGUGGACGAGAAUGGCGAGCAGCGAAUCUUCUCCAUCGGGCAUGUGCUGCGGUACAGUCCGCACAACAUGGUGCUGCGCAAGCUGUUGCUCGAGGACAGGGCUAUUGGAGACGUGCUUUCGGUGGUGCACACCGAGCCGGUAGGUUGGUGGCACUUCACGCACAGCUAUGUGAGGGGCAAUUGGAGGAGGGAGGACACCUCGGCCCCGAGUCUUCUCACCAAGAGCUGCCACGACAUCGAUGUGUUACUCUGGCUGCUCUGCUCACCAGUGAAAUACGAGGAUGGGGGUGAGAAGGCGCUGCCACACUUGCCAUCCACAGUGACCAGCAGUGGGAGGUUACAAUACUUCCGAAAGAACCGCAAGCCAGUGGGCGCUGGCGAUGCGACAAACUGCCUGAAGUGCCCGGUCGAAGAGACCUGCAAGUACUCUGCAAAACGCAUCUACACAAGCGACAAGCCCUUCAUGGGCCUGGACGCGGGGAAUACCGGCUGGCCCGUGAAUGUCGUGCUGCCCGAGAUUGAGGAUCUGGGAGAUAGCGAUAAGGUGCGCGGGGCGGUCAUGGCGAGAUUGGCUGAAGAUUACGGCUCAGACAUGCAGGACUCCGAGAUCGCGAAGCGCAAUUGGUUCGGCCGGUGCGUGUACGAGAGUGACAACGAUGUCGUCGACGAGCAGGUCGUAACCAUCACCUGGGACGACGACCCUCCGUCGCCGCAGGACGACAUCAGCCCUAUGGCGGACCAGCUGGGCGGCCGCGGGUCAAAACAGGCGACCUUCCACAUGGUGGCUCAGACGAAGCGGCAGUGCGAACGGUUCACCAAGAUCUACGGCACCCAGGGAGAGCUAUACGCAGACUCGUACACGAUUACAGUCGAGGACUUCAACACAGGAAAGACCACCACGCACACACCGAAAAUGGAGAGCAUGGGUCACGGAGGCGGCGACCUGGGACUGACGAGGAAGUUCGUAGAGGCUAUAGACCUGGUAAAGAACAACAGAGACGAAGGCUGGACGUGCGCGAAGGCCCAGCAGGAAGUGAUUAGAUGCACUCUGGACGAGGUAAUUAGAAGUCAUGCGAUGGUUUUUUGCGCCGAGGAGGCGAAGAGGGGUAAAAAGGUCGUAGACUGGGCUGCAUGGUGGGCUGAAGAGGUCGAAGGCAAGCUAGGGGGCAAGUAG